UGGUGAAUAAAUAUAUAUAUAGAUACCUGUAUACACCACUAUAUUUCUCAUUAAAACACUCCCAUUUCUCCCACAAAAAUAAAUAGAGUCUUUUCAAGUCUUCCUCCACAUGCUUAGUAACACAAAGAAGAUAACAAAUACAGCUAGUCCUCUCGAUAAAUAUAUGUAUAGUUUUUACUGAAUUGUUGGAUUGUGUUUGGAGGCCAAGAAAGCGAAGGAAAAAUGGGAAGAGGUAGGGUUCAGCUAAAGAGGAUCGAGAACAAAAUCAAUCGGCAGGUGACCUUCUCGAAGCGACGGUCCGGAUUGCUCAAGAAAGCUCAUGAGAUCUCGGUGCUAUGCGACGCCGAGGUUGCGUUGAUUGUCUUCUCCACCAAAGGGAAGCUAUUCGAGUACGCUACAGAUGCCUGUAUGGAAAGAAUUCUUGAGCGGUAUGACAGGUACUCGUAUGCAGAAAGGCAGCUUGUAGCAAAUGGUAAUGAAUCACAGGGAAGCUGGACUCUGGAAUACGCAAAGCUCAAGGCUCGGCUGGAGGUUCUACAAAAAAACCAAAGUCAUUUUAUGGGAGAAGAUCUAGAUACUUUGAGUCUAAAAGAGCUUCAGAAUUUGGAGCACCAGCUUGAUAGUGCUCUUAAGCACGUUCGGUCAAGAAAGAACCAACUAAUGCAAGAAUCCAUUUCGGAGCUGCAAAAAAAGGAUAAGGCAUUGCAGGAGGAAAACAACUUGCUGGCAAAGAAGGUGAAGGAGAAAGAGAAGGAACUGGCACAACAACCCCAAUUGAUGGAACAAGACCAUGGACAGAACUCAACCUCAGUUGUUCAAUCACUGCCAUUGCACUCCUUAAGCAUUGGGUCUCUCUCUUUUUCUAUUGGAGCUUACCAGGGAGGAGGGAAUGGGGGAGAAGUAGAAGAAGAAGAAGUUCCAUGUCAACAACAACAAAGUAAUACCGUCAUGCCUCCAUGGAUGCUUCGCCACAUUAAUGGCUAAAACUGAGGACACUAUGCGAAUGCUGCACAAAUUUUUGAUGUCAAACAAAUCAAGAAACAUGUAUAUGUGGUAAAAGACAUAUAUAUAUAUAUAUAUAUAUAUAUAAUAGUAUAAUAAAUGAUGUCGAAAAGUAUGGUGUAAAACAAUCCCAAAAGGUCGGUGUCCUAGUUUGUGAUUUGGAAACUAUGUACAUUUGUAUUUUGUAUGGAUAGAAGACCAUUAAUGUAAAGGAACUUGGCAACACAGCUGACCCUUACAUUAUUAUGUAUAUAAAAACUAUAUUUUGGCGGUAA